UUACUUCUGCUCCACUUACUUUAACAACCAGGCAACCUGUGCAGCAUCAAAAAUGUCUUAUUUGGAGGAUUUUGUUUUCUUCCUCUUCUCUAGUCCCACCACUCUAUUGGGGACUGUUGCUCUCCUGCUUGUCCUCUAUGUUGUUUCCAGCAGCUUCAGCUCCCAUCAAUUGGAGAAGGAGCCUCCAGGACCCAGGCCUCUUCCCCUGCUUGGCAACCUUUUGCAACUUGAUCUCAAGAGACCCUACAAAACCCUUUGUGAGCUGUCAAAGAAAUAUGGGUCUGUAUUCACGGUGUACUUUGGGACCAAUAAAGUGGUGGUUUUGGCUGGAUACAAAACAGUGAAAGAGGCUCUGGUCAGCAGUGCAGAAGAGUUUGGAGAUCGAGACAUCUCCCCUAUAUUUUAUGAUUUGAAUAAAGGCCACGGGAUUCUGUUUGCAAAUGGAGAAUCAUGGAAGGAGAUGAGACGUUUUGCCCUCACAACCCUGAGAGACUUUGGGAUGGGAAAAAGAAUGGCUGAAGAAAAAAUCUUGGACGAAUGUCACCAUUUGAUCCAAAUGUUUGAAGAGCAUAAAGGGAAGCCAUUUAAUACAACAAAAUCGGUCAAUUAUGCAACUUCCAACAUCAUCUCCUCCAUCGUGUAUGGAAGCAGGUUUGAAUACAGUGACCCCCUGUUCCAAAACUUGGUGAGAAGAGCCAAUGAAAGCAUUCGCAUUACUGGCUCUGCUUCAAUCCAGCUUUACAACAUGUUUCCCAGUCUGGCUCGUUGGAUCAAAAAUCGGAAUCUGAUAUUAAGAAAUGCUGAGAUGACUAUUAGAGAUGUCAAAAAUUUAAUCAAGAAUCUGAAAGAGACUCUGAACCCUCAGCUGUGCAGGGGACUUGUGGACUGUUUUCUGAUUCGGAAGCAGAAAGAAGAGGACUCUUGUGUUAUGGACUCUCACUACAAUGAGAAGAAUUUGAUAUUUACAGUGACUAACCUGUUUGCAGCUGGUACUGAUACCACAGCAGCAACAGUGAGAUGGGGUUUGCUGUUUAUGGCCAAAUAUCCACAUGUACAAGACCAGGUUCAGGAGGAGCUGGGCAGGGUAAUAGGAAGCCGUCAGAUCCGGGUAGAGGACAGGAAAAACCUGCCAUAUGUUGAUGCUGUCAUCCAUGAGACACAGAGACUGGCCAACAUUGUCCCCAUGGCUAUUCCUCAUAAAACCAGCAGAGACAUGAUCUUCCAGGGCUACUGCAUCAAAGAGGGGACAACUGUGUUUCCUCUUCUUACUUCUGUCCUGCAUGAUGAGAAUGAAUGGGAAAGCCCAAACACUUUCAAUCCUUCCCAUUUCCUGGAUAAGGAGGGUAAAUUUAUUAGGCGAGAUGCUUUCAUGCCCUUUUCUGCAGGUCGCAGGGUGUGUCUGGGGGAAAGUCUGGCUAAGAUGGAGCUCUUUCUCUUCUUCACCUCAUUGCUUCAGAGAUUUCGUUUCACUCCUCCACCUGGAGUUACAGAGGAUGAACUGGAUCUGUCACCAGCCGUGGGCUUUACCCUCACCCCUUCACCUCAUGAGUUGUGUGCUGUCAGUCGUUAGUGAGAUAGAGAGCUGUAGAGUGGCAUUACAACUGCCUACCAAAUGGCACAAAUCUUGUUUUUUGCAUAAUAUACUCAGCAGAAACCUCAUUUAUAACUGAUCUGUAUGGACAAAAAAGGGCAUGAAAUGUGAGGUUAGGUAUUAUAGCAUGUAUCUAAAUUUUAUAUAAAUGCUAAAUGUUCUUAGUGAUUUGUACACAUUAUAUUAAGCAGUUUAUAUGAGUAUGUUUGUAUUUGCAGCUUUUUAGAAUAAAACUGCUACAUUUGUCAAUA